UAUGCACAUGGUACUCAAAGGAGACAACAGACACACCAAGAGAGUGGAAGGUUUUACCACAGACUCUAAAAGGGCAUGUGAUACUCGCUCUUGGAUGCAGUUCAUUUCUGAUUAUCGUUGUGAUGAUACCUCUUUCACACUUAAUCCUUUUUGCCUUGGUUCCCUUUGCUGUGGCAAAUUAUGAACCGAACUGGGAUUCUUUAGACUCUCGCCCUCUUCCCCAGUGGUACGAUGACGCUAAAGUGGGGAUCUUUCUUCACUGGGGAGUUUUCUCCGUUCCGUCAUUUGGCUCCGAAUGGUUUUGGGCAUACUGGAAAGGCGGAUCGUCGGCAUACGUGGAUUUCAUGAAGAAGAACUUCAGGCCUGACUUCACCUACGCUGAUUUCGCUUCUCAGUUCACGGCCGAGUUUUACGAUCCCAACGAGUGGGCAGAAAUCUUCAAAGCUGCUGGGGCCCGCUACUUAGUCCUGACGAGCAAACAUCACGAGGGUUUCACCAACUGGCCCUCGAAAAACUCUUGGAACUGGAACAGUAUGGAUGUCGGACCCAAAAGAGACUUACUUGGCGACUUGGCCAAUGCAGUAAGGACCAAUGCCCCAGACAUUCACUUUGGAGUGUAUCACUCAUUGUUUGAGUGGUAUAAUCCUCUUUAUUUACAAGACAAAAGUCGUGGAUUUCAAAGCAACGAUUUUAUAACGAGAAAAACUUAUCCUGAACUCGUUGACCUGGUCAACACUUAUAAGCCAGAGGUGAUUUGGUCCGACGGUGACUGGGAAGCUCAUGAUUGGUAUUGGAAUUCAACAGUCUUCUUAGCUUGGCUUUUCAAUGAUUCUCCCGUCAAAGACACCGUUGUAGUAAACGAUCGAUGGGGAAUAGGGACAACGUGCAAACAUGGCUCAUACUAUUCAUGCCAGGACCGUUACAGCCCAGGCGUUUUGCAAUCUCAUAAGUGGGAGAAUGCUAUGACUAUUGACAGAGCAUCCUGGGGAUACAGGCGCAACGCUGCUGCGUUAGAUUAUCUCACCAUACAAGAGCUCUUGAGUCAGCUGGCGUCAACUGUUAGCUGUGGCGGAAAUUUGUUGGUCAACGUUGGACCAACACAUGACGGCCGCAUUCCUCCUCUGAUGGAAGAGCGUCUGCGUCAGUUGGGUUCUUGGCUGGACAUCAACGGGGCUGGGAUCUAUGAAUCCAGGCCCUGGAAAGUCCAGAAUGACACUGGCACUCACGGCGUUUGGUAUACUGCCAACAAUGACAAGAUUUAUGCCAUUGUUCUCCAGUGGCCUUCAGACAAUACUUUACUACUGGGUUCUGCCGUACCAACACAACAGACAACAGUGACCAUGCUUGGUUAUAAUGGUCCAUUGCAGUUCGCUCCACAGAGUCCUGGGAUGAAAGUCACCUUCCCUGACAUGUCAAAGGUCAGCAGCCAAUGGGCGUGGGUGCUGGAAUUAACAGGAGUUAAUCCUGCAUAACAAUAUUAUUCGUUUGUUCCACUCACCUGAGGAUUGAAAUCAUGGAGUUAUGCUUGAGAACAACCAAAGCAAGCAGUUGUUGAUGUUUACGUCGUACUUGAUUUUUCACCAGUAAAUUUGGAUUAAUUGUAUCAGGUGAUUCUCUUAGGAACUGUAAUAAAUUUAAUGUUAAAACUCUGAUCCAAAAUUA